AUGCAUCAAUAACAGGAUGAAUAGAAAAGGUCUCUUGUUUAGGAGAAAAUGUAGAUGAAAUAAUAAGGAAUUGACAAUGGGAAUGCGAGGAAAAUAAAUGAUGAGGAUAUCUAGAAGAUUCAGGCUUAUGAAUAGAUGCAAAUAGAAAACGCCAUGAAGAACUCAACAUGGAGUACUUUAAUGCUGUUAAAAAGCAAGGAGAUUGUUAAAUCGAAGUGGAGACCUAAAAAGAAAUAAAGGUUGUGGGAUUAAUAUAAGAUUGAUAAAAUUUUGAAGAAAUAUUCCAUCAUGAUAGAAGGCAACGAUCCUCCACCUCCAAUUAAAUCGUUUUAAGAUUUAAGGGUUGAUCAUAGAAUUUUGAAAAUACUAAGUAAGAUGAAAAUUAAAAAGCCUACUCCAAUUCAAAUGCAAGGAUUGCCUACAGUUUUAAUGGGAAGAGACAUCAUAGGAGUAGCACCAAGUGGUCAAGGCAAGACCUUAGUGUUUUUAUUACCUGCAUUACUGUAAUGUGUGGAUGAGUAGAUGAAAAUGCCCAUAAUUAGAGGUGAAGGACCUUUUGCUUUGAUAUUACUACCAUCCCAUGAAUUGGCAAUUCUAACUUAUGAAUUAGCAAAAUAGUAUUGUCAGAAAUUCUAGAAGAAGGGAUUCCCAGGAAUACAUUGUUUAUUGGGCAUUGGAGGAAUGGAUAUGUCUUCACAAUUGCAAUCAAUAAAAAAUGGAGUUCACAUUGUAAUUGGAACUCCUGGAAGAAUUAGUGACAUGGUUAAUAAGAAAAAGAUUAAUAUGGAUUUGUGUAGAUUUAUAGUACUUGAUGAAGCUGAUAGGAUGUUGGAUUAAGUGUUUGAAUUAGAAAUCAGAAACAUUUUAGAACAUUUCACAGGUCCUAGAUAAACUAUGUUAUUCAGUGCUACUCUUCCAAAGAAGAUAUAAGAAUUCACAAAACAAACACUAGUCGAUCCAUUGGUGAUAAAUGUAGGUAGAAGUGGUUAAAUUAAUUUGAAUGUGAUCUAAGAAAUACUCUAUGUUAAACAGGAAGAGAAAUUACACUAUUUAUUGGAUAGUCUCAAAAAGACAACACCUCCAGUUGUCAUAUUUAGUGAGCAUUAGAAUGAUGUUGAUGACAUCAAUGAAUAUCUCUUAAUCAAAGGAGUUGAGGUAGUUGGAUUACAUGGAGGAAAACAAUAGGAGGAUAGAACUAAAGCAUUAAAACAAUUUUUGAAUGGAUAAAAAGAUGUCUUAGUGGCAACUGAUGUGGCUGCUAAAGGUCUAGAUUUCCCAGACAUCAAACAUGUUAUUAAUUAUGAUAUGCCAAAAGAUAUUGAAUCAUAUAUUCAUAGAAUUGGAAGAACUGGAAGAUAAGGCAAGACUGGAAGAGCAACAACCUUUGUUAAUAGGUAAUAAGAGGAAUCUAUUCUAUUGGAUUUAAAAUAUCUACUUGUGGAAUCCAAAUAAAAAAUCCCUUAAUUCUUAGAGAAACUUAAAUCAGAUGAAGAUUUGAAUGGCUCCUGUGGCUAUUGCGAUGGCAUGGGUCAUAGAAUGGCUAAUUGUCCAAAACUUGAAAAGCAGAAGAUGAGAAUUUUAACUAAUCCAAACAAAGAAAGUUGCCCAGAUUUUCUAAAAAGAGAGAGUCAAAGCGCAGAGAGAUAAAUGUAAGUGGGAUGAUCAGAAUUAAUAUUCUAAUUUCAGUUUUAUUUUACCGAAUUUAUUUAAUUUAUAAUUGUCAUUAUAAAUUAUACAUUCACAUUAUUAUUAUUAA